AUGGACGUAUCAGAACACAGCAGGUACACACCCUUCAGAAUUAGUUUGGCAGAAGCAAGUUUGGAUAAUUACUGUAUCAAUGGCAAUGAUAUGACAGAACCCAGAGCAGUAGCCAAAGAGGUGGACAUGUCUGAACAGAGUAAACAGACACUUUUCAGAACUAAUCUAGAGGAGGCAAAUUUGGCUGAUUACUGUAUCGAUGACGAUGAUGUUGAUGAUAGGGAGGAAAGGUUUUCUACCAAAGAAUCGGCGACACACGCUAUUGUGGCAGUACACAACACCGACAUCAAUGGUCAAACGGUGAAAUGUAGCUGGGGCAAGGAGAGCGGGGAUCCGAACAAUGCUCAACAAACUGGACAGGCGUUAUCGUCGGCGACGUACCCAUACUACGCGGCGGCAGCAGCUGCCGCCGCGGCGGCGGCAGGCGUCGCGGGUGUCGGAGGCGUCGGUGGCGUCGGCGGUGCUGGCCAGCUAGGAUACUGGUAUCCGCCCCAAUCUUAUCCCACGACAGCGACGCAGAUGCAGGCGGGUGGCUUCCUGCAAGGAAUGCAAGGAUAUACUUAUGGACAGUUCGCCGGGUAUCAACAGGCGCAGUACAUGGGAAUGGGAAUGGGUGUCCACGCUGCUGGCACGGCAGCAGGCUGGGGCCAGGGAUUACCUGGGGGACCACAGUUACCGCCACACCAUGCCACGACGGUCACGGCACCCCCAGGGGUGCAAGCCGCACCCCCACCACCACCACCUCCGGCACAAAUGAUGGCCUACCCGAUGCAACAGUUCCAGCUAGCGGAUGAGGACUGGCUGACGCCUAGCCUUCUAGUGUGAUGGUAAGCAAGUACACCCCACCAACAGGAACAACUUCUACAGCAACAACAGUUACCACCACCACCACCACCAUUAUCACCACUACCACAACUACCAACAACAACAAAAUUUCCGUCACCAUCGACGCCACCGCGACAGCAAAAGCAACAAAAAUCAUGCCGCUUCCGGCUUGAUGAAUUCAUAAAGCAGAGGGCAGAAUAUGUCAAAACAUAGUUAACGAUCGCUUUAGUAAAAACAGAGCAUGGGAAACGAAAGACAAAGAGGGGAUGAAUUCUUGUCUGUAUAUAUAUAGAUAUACGGAUAUAUAGAUAUAUAUAUAUAUAUAUAGAUAUAUAUAUAUAGAUAUAAACGUAAAUCGAGAAAAACAAAAAUACACACACACACACACGUUUCUUAAAGUAAAUGGAGAAAAAGAGAAAAACGAAAAAAAUGGAAAGAAGAAAGAUAGAGGAACGAGAGUACUUGCACAGGUUCCCCUUCGAAUUUUCACGUCCAAUAUAAUAACCGGCAAUCUUUACGGGAAAGAGAACUAACUGGUACCGUCAACAAAUCGGAGGUAUCCUCUCGUCCAGUCUGUAGGGUAACGUAGUGUCUCUCUCGGCUUGAAUUAAUAGAUAGCGUUGCCGUCACGGUAGUGUCAAAAGCUUCAGUAAUGAAACACGAAUUCCGGGAUACGCGGACCACCAUGUGAUCAUCAAAGACAGUUUGUAGCGUAAACAGCCAAUAUUUUGUGUGCCGCAUCGUCCACAAAGGACCGA